UAUUACAGUUAAAUGAAACUGGUGUUUCUUUACACUUAUAUAUUCUCUUCCUGUCAACAUCUCUUUUAUUUCUAACCUUUUUCUAAUUUUCGGUAUGUUACUUCUUUGUUAAGGAUGAAAAGUCUAUAAAUAAUUCCAUCAUAAAUUAUUCCUACACCAAAAUAUUAUGGAGAUUGCACAAAGCAGAGAACAUGCACCCCUUUCCCAUAAGGAAUAUAAUUCUGGACAAGAAGAAGAAGAAAAAGAAGCAGGUUCACCCCAUGAGGCUUUGUUUCUUGUCUUGGCCUACCUUCCUUUGUUUGAGCUUCUUGCCAUGAGUGAAGUUUGCAUGUCUCUGAGAGAUGCAGUGGAAAAGGAUAUACUGCCUUGGCUAAACAUAAUUGUUGAAAGCACUUUGAACCUGCGUUGCUGCCUGAUGAGGAUUCUGAUGAAAGUUGCUUCGAAGGCAAAGAGGCUAAGAACCUGGCUAAUCAACUGUGCCUGGAUUAGUGAUAGAGGGCUACAAAGGGUAAUUGACAAAAAUCCUUUAUCAACAAGAUUGUACGUACCAGGUUGCACUGGCUUAACCCCUAAUGGAGUAAUAAGGGCUGUUCAGAAGCUAUCCGAGCACCACCACAGCCUAAAACGCCUGCAGGUGAAUGGCAUCUACAACAUGAAGAAAGAACACCUGGAAACUCUUCACCAUUACCUGCUAACAAACCAAACAAAGCAGCAGGUUCAGCAAAAGCAACGGCCUCUCCUAUAUCAUAAUUUCAGAAAGUUUCUAGCAUAUAGAUGGGAAGAAUUUGGCAGAAUCAUUGAUGUGGAAAUCUGUCCCAGGUGCAGUGAAGCAAGGAUGGUUUUUGAUUGUCCUAGGGAGGAAUGCAGAAGCAAGAGAGAGAAAUAUUCACUGAUUGAUUGUAGGAUGUGCAAGUUCUGCAUUCCAAGGUGUGAAGAAUGUGGUAGGUGUGUCAAACCUGAAGACUUGGAAGUGGCUGUUUGCACUGAUACUCUGUGCUCAGAUUGUUGGUUUCAGCUUUCUAAAUGUAAUUUUUGUAACAAGCCAUGUUGUGGGCAACAUGCAGACCUGCAGAUUAGUUCCAGUGGCUCAAGUGGGUGGAUAUGCGGUGUUUGCCAUGAUCAAUUCCUGACAGGUUCAGAUGAUGUUGGGCAAUGAUUUUUCUUGCAUGCCAUUAUUUUUUGAGGCAUACGAUUGAUAAAUUAAUGGAAUUGUGGCUAUUUUAUAUGUUUUUAUUUAUACAUAAACCACAAUCUUGC